AUGGGGAGGCCUAAGGUGAUAGCCAGUGCUCUCUUGGUCCUAUUUCUAGUGGACAUUUGCUUGGCGGCACGGUCGACGCCUAAAGCCGUAGUGCUUAAAGGAGGUAGCGGUGGUGGAGGGGGUGGAGGGGGUGGUGGGGGUGGUGGUGGUGGUGGUGCCGGUGCUAGUACGACUGGUUCAAGAUCUGGUUACGGAUCCGGGUAUGGCUCAGGGAGCGGUUCCGGUUAUGGCGGUGGACCGGGAAGAUAUGGUGGUGGAGGUGGAGGUGGUGGUGGUGAAGGUGGAGGCGGUGGUGGUGGGUAUGCAAAGGGUGGGUAUGGCUCCGGAUAUGGGUCCGGAAGCGGCCAAGGGUAUGGCUCUGGCGGUGGGACUGGAGCAGGCGGAGGCGGUGGCGGUGGCGGCGGAAGAGGUGGUGGUGGUGGAGGUGGAGGCUCCGGCAUGGGAAGCGGUUCAGGCUAUGGAAGUGGGAGCGGCUAUGGAAGCGGUGGAGGGAAGGGUGGAGGUGGAGGAGGAGGCGGGGGAGGAGGUGGAGGCGGAGGAGGUGGUGGCGGUGGCAUCAGCUCAGGAUACGGUAGCGGCUCCGGAUACGGAUCGGGCUACGGCGAAGGAUAUGGCGGGGGCGGGUAUGGCGAUACGCCUCGAGCAGCCCCACUCAUGAUCAAUACAAUAACAUAA